CUUUUUUUUUUCUCUCUCUUUUUUUUCCUCUCUCCUCAAACUCCAAAUCUGGCAAAUCGCGCAGUCGCAUCUCCUCUGCAUCUCCUUCGUCGUCGUCCUCCUCCUCUUAAAACCCUAACAACAAAAGCAGCAUCUUGUAGUAGUAGUUAUAUCUCUACUCGGCGGUGCCUCUGCCAACCACCUUCCCUUCUCUGCUGCUGCUAUUCUGGGAUUCGAUUUUUCCGACCAUCACCGUUCGUCGAAUAUAGUGAUUGCCCUGGCUCAGGAACGGGCCUGUGCCCCUCAUGCCCCGGCUCAGGGACGGGCCUGCUGAUAGUUUGGAGAAAUGCAAAGGUAUCAUGCUGCUAGCUGCACCAGUGCUGUUAAUAACAACAAUUCUCUUGGGGGCAUUUCCAAUAGAGAUGCUAAUGCCCGAAGUGAUUCGUCUUCUUUGUCUGCCAACUUCUCCUUAAAUUCGAGGCGGGCUUCAUCCCUUGCUCCUUAUAGGUUGAAAUGUGAGAAGGAACCACUCAAUUCACGCCUUGGUCCACCUGACUUUCAUCCACAAACUGUGAGCUGUCCGGAGGAGACUCUCACCAAAGAGUAUGUGCAAUCUGGAUACAGAGAAACAGUUGAGGGACUUGAGGAAGCUAAAGAAAUAUCAGUUACCCAAGUGAAUACUUUUACGAAGCCUGUUGUUCUCAAAUGCAAAGAGGCAAUUAGGAAACGUCUUAGGGCUAUCAAUGAGUCUCGUGCUCAAAAGCGCAAGGCUGGUCAAGUUUAUGGGGAGCCACUAUCUGGUUCCCUGUUGAGUAAACCUGGUCUUUUCCCGGAGCAGAAGUCCUGUGGUGAAGAGUUCAAGAAGAGAUGGAUUGAGGGCUUAUCACAAUAUCACAAAAGCCUUCGAUCUUUAGCUGAUCACGUUCCCCAUGGCUAUAGGAAAAAAUCUUUAUUUGAUGUUCUUAUAAAAAACAAUGUCCCCUUGCUGAGAGCAACAUGGUUUAUCAAAGUCACCUAUCUUAAUCAGAUCAGGCCUGGAUCUUCCAGUGUUUCCUCCGGGUCUCCGGAUCGAAUUCAGUUAUCGCGUACAGAGAUUUGGACAAAGGAUGUCACUGAUUUCUUGCAGUGUCUUCUGGAUGAGCUUUUCUCAAGAAAUAAUUCUCAUUCCAUUCCUCAAAAUAGGGAGCGAACACAACAUAUGCUAUAUAGUGGGUCAGUGCAACAAAAAAGUGAUCCAGCAUCGCUGGCCCUGGAUUCUGAGGAGCCAUCUUUGCAUUUUAAGUGGUGGUAUGGGGUGCGCAUUCUUCAUUGGCAUCAUGCAGAGGGACUUAUUCUUUCUUCUCAAGUUAUUGACUGGGUAUUCCUGCAGUUUCAGGAUAAAGAUUUACUCAAGGUCAUGCAGUUCCUUCUUCCAAUCAUAUAUGGAUUACUGGAAACCAUUACCUCGUGUCAAACAUAUGUCCGCAAACUGGUGGACGUCACUCUGCGCUUUCUCAAGGAGCCUUCCGUGGGCGGUUCUGAUAUAGCUGAUAAUUCUCGGAGAGCAUAUACUUGUUCUGCUCUUGCUGAGAUGCUUCAGUAUCUGAUACUGUCUGUACCGGAUACUUUUGUUGGUCUGGAUUGUUUUCCAUUGCCUCAGUGUCUGAUGACGUUUACGGAAAAUGAUGGGUCCCUUCAUUCUCAGUUACCUGUAUAUUGUGAACAACUGAAGAAAGAUUCUGAAGGAGUUUCUCAAGUUACAAGUAACAAAAAUCUUGACAUCAAAUAUCCGUCGUCAUGGUUUAGGCGCGUUGUUUCAUCAAUUCAGAAACGAGCAACUUGUCUAACAAAGGCUGCUAGCCCUGGCUAUUCUGGACAGAAUGUUGCUAAAGCUGUCCAAGCCUUGGAUAAAGCUCUUCUGCAAGGUGAUGUCCAAGAGGCAUACACAUUCCUUUUUGAAGGGCUUUCUGAUUCCUCUGUUCAUGAAGGUUGGAUUGCAGAAGUAAGCCCGUGCUUACGAUCAUCAUUGAAAUGGAUACGAUCUGUCGGCCCUCCAUUAAUUUAUUCUGUGUUUCUUCUUUGCGAAUGGUGUACCUGUGAUUUCAGGGAUAUUAGAACUUCGCUCUUACAUGAUGUAAAAUUCACUGGGAGAAAAGAUUUUUCUCAACUCUAUGUUGCUGCUAGGCUUAUGAAGCAGAAGGUGAGGAAGAUUCAAAGAUCAGAGAAGGAAAAGACAGGGUAUGACAAUCAAAUUAGUUGGAAAAAAGUAGAAAAGGGCUGCAUAGAAAUGUCAGAUUUUUUUGAAAGCCCAAGUCCCUUACAUGAUAUCAUAGUCUGUUGGAUGGAUCAACAUGAAGCUCAGAAAGGUGAGGGAUCUAAACGUGUACAGUUACUCCUCACUGAGCUCACACGUUGUGGAAUUUUUUCUCCUUUGGCAUAUGCAAGGCAGCUUUUGGUGAGCGGGAUAAUGGACAAAGAUGGUCCCGUUGUAAAUCCGGACAGACGGAAGAGACAUUAUCGGAUCUUGAAACAACUUUCUGUCUCCUGUAUGCAUGAUGUUUUUGAUGAAGCACAGAGUGCUGACAGAUCAUUCCUUGUGGAAGCAAUUCACAUAUACGCUAAUGAAAGGCGCCUUCUUCUUCGUGGAUUACUUGGUGAUGAACACAAACAAAUUAGAAGUAGUAAUAAUGCAUCCAAGAAGCAGAAAAACCUUCCAGUCUCUCAAAGGGAUCAUUCCUUGCCUCCUUCCGUUUACCAACUGAAAAUGAUACAGUCUUUGUCCUAUGUGUCUCAUAGUAAAAGCAAGAAGAAUGGUCCUGACCUUGAGAAGCUGAAACUCUCUAUUCUGGAACUGUUGCUCCUGCCGAAGUGUGUUGCUGAUGCUGGUGUUGAUGAUUCUCAAGUGAACUUGAAAAGGCCUGUUGGACUCAUUUCCAGCAAGCUGGAUAUUGCUGAAGGAACACCUGGCUGUGAAGAAUGUCGAAGGGCAAAGAGACAAAAAUUGGGUGAGGAAAAAUUUCCAUACCUUCAAGGUCCAUUGUCGUCAAACCCAUUGGACGAUGAUGAUAAUUGGUGGGUGAGAAAGGAGCCAAAGUCCCUGGAUUCCCUUAAAGUAGAACAACCAAUUAAGCCGAGCAAGCAGGGAUCAAGAGGUAGACAGAAGUCUGUGCGUAAAACACAAAGCCUUGCUCAAUUAGCUGCAUCAAGAAUUGAGGGAAGUCAAGGAGCUUCCACUAGCCAUGUAUGUGAUAAUAAGGUAGGAUGUCCUCACCACCGGCCAGUUCCAGAAGGAGAUGCUCCAAAAUCUGCUGAUGGGAACAGAGUAACCAAUGCCACAGAUAUUGUUUCGAUUGGGAAGAUGUUAAAGCGACUGAAGUUUGCUGAGAAGAGGAGCAUUUCUGCUUGGCUAGUUAGUUCUGUUAAGCAGGUUAUCGAAGAGACAGAAAGAAUGUCUCCGAAGAGUGGCCAGCUUAAUAGGACUAUAUCUUCUGUUGAUGAAAAGAGCUCGGCAAGGUGGAAGCUUGGUGAGGAUGAGCUGUCUAUCAUACUAUAUUUGAUGGACAUGUGUACAGAAGUACCCAUGGCAAUCAGAUUUCUCAUUUGGCUGUUGCCUAAGGCUCUUGGUAAUCUGAAUACCCCUAUACAUGGUGGAAGAAAUAUGAUGAUGCAGCCUAGAAAUGUGGAAAGCCAUGCAUGUGAAGUGAAAGAGCCAUUUCUCCUAUCAGCUAUUCGGAGGUAUGAGAACAUUAUUGUUGCUGUGGAUCUUUUACCUGAAAUAUUGUCGAGCACUAUGCAUCGUGCUGCAACAGUUUUAGCCUCGAAUGGCAGGCUUUCAGGUUCACCGACAUUUCUGUAUGCUAGAUAUUUGCUGAAGAAAUAUGGUAAUGUUAGCAGUGUGAUAGAAUGGGAGAAAAUUUUUAAGACAACUUGUGAUAAGAGACUCCUUUCUGAACUUGAAUCUGUAAAAUCACAAAAUGGAGAAUGUGGGUUUUCUUUUUCUGUUCCGUCUGGUGUUGAAGAUCUUGAUGAUUUAAUUCGCCAAAAAGUUAGUUGUAAUCGUUUGUCUAGAACUGGUAUGAACAUGCGGGAAAUCGUUCAGAGAUAUGUUGAUGAUGCAGUUCAUCAUCUUUUUGGCAAAGAGAGAAAACUUUUUGGCUCAGGUGCUCAGAAGAAUGCUGGCAUAGAGAAAUGGGGUGAUGGGUAUCAAAUUGCACAGCAAAUUGUUGUAGGGCUAAUGGACUGUAUCAGGCAAACAGGGGGUGCUGCUCAAGAAGGGGAUCCUUCUUUGGUGGCCUCUGCUGUUUCUGCAAUUGUAGGCAACGUUGGGCCAGCUAUAGCAAAAAUGCCAGAUUUCACUGCAGUCCCUUGCCAUUUGAACUCUCCCUCCCCAACUGGGUCUCUGAGUUUUGCUCGCCGAGUUCUUCGGAUACAUAUAAAUUGCCUGUGCCUACUGAAGGAAGCACUUGGCGAGAGGCAUAGUCGUGCAUUUGAGAUAGCUCUUGCUACGGAAGCUUCUUCUGCUCUUGCUGUAGUCCUAUUACCAGGCAAGGGUGCUCGUGGACAGUUUCAGUUGUCUCCUGAUGCUCAUGAGUCUAGUAUGAAUAUGUCAAAUGAUGUACCAAAUAAUCCCUCAAAAAUUGCUGUUGGAAGGGCAACAAAGAUUGCUGCAGCUGUCUCAGCCCUUAUCAUUGGGGCAAUUAUUCAUGGGGUCUCUAGCCUGGAGAGAAUGGUAACAGUCUUCAGGCUUAGGGAAGGUUUGGAUUUGAUACAGUUUGUUAGGAAUUCUCGUUCCCAUUCAAAUGGGAAUGCUAGAUCAGCUGGGGCCCUCAAGAUAGAAAAUGCUCUUGAAGUAUAUAUUCACUGGUUUAGGCUACUUAUUGGAAAUUGUAGAACAGUUUCUGACGGUGUAAUUGUGGAGCUUCUUGGUGAAGCUUCUGUGAUGGCUCUUUCAAGGAUGCAGCGCACACUUCCUCUUAACCUUGUGUUGCCUCCAGCUUAUGCAUUGUUUGCGUUCAUGAUCUGGAAGCCAUUUAUCUUCAGUAUCACCCCAGGAAGUCGUGAAGAGAUCCCUCAGUUGCUACAAUCUUUGACCUUGGCUAUAGGCGAUGCAAUAAAACAUGCGCCAUUUCGGGAUAUUUGUCUGAGAAAUACUAAUGGAUUCUUUAAUAUUGUGACUUCUGAUUCUACAGAUGCUGAGUUUGCAUCCAUUUUAGAGUUGAACGGCUCAGAUAGACAUUUAAAAGCCAAGGCUUUUAUCCCUCUGCGUGCUAGGCUUUUUCUGAAUGCAUUAGUUGACUGUAAAUUACCACAUUCUUUGCAGGAUGACAGUAGUCGAUUAUCUGGAACUAAUGAUCCAAAGGUCCAAUAUGGAGAAAGUGAAACAAAAAUUUCAGAUAGGCUUGUUAGUGCUUUGGAUACCUUGCAACCUGCUAAGUUUCAUUGGCAGUGGGUUGAGCUUAGACUUUUCCUUAGUGAGCUAACCCUUAUUGGUAAAUUUGAUUCCAGUGAUACACAGUCAGUAGCUGAGGCUAUCCGCUCUCUCACUCCUAAUUCUGACAAGGGCGGUUCUUUGGAGAAUGAGAACAACUUCAUUCCAAUUGUCCUUACAAGAUUAUUAGUGAGGCCAGAUGCUGCUCCUCUUCUAUCCGAAGUAGUACACCUUUUUGGAAGGUCACUGGAGGAUUCGAUGUUGUUGCAUGUUAAAUGGUUUCUAGAAGGGCAUGAUGUUCUUUUUGGAAGGAAAUCUAUAAGGCAACGGCUUGUGAACUUUGCAGAUAGUAAAGGCUUUUCUACCAAGGUCCAGUUCUGGAAGCCCUGGGGCUGGUGUAAUUCCAGUUCUGAUUCUAUCGGAAACAGGGGAGACAAAAGGAGACUUGAAACUCCGUCUGUUGAAGAAGGUGAGGUGGUUGAAGAGGACUACAAAAGACUUGCCAGAGGUGUCUCAAAGCUGUCGGAUCGUGAAGACCCCAACCAACAGUUUGUGACAGAGAGAGCUCUUAUUGAGUUGGUUCUUCCUUGCAUUGAUCGAAGUUCUGAUGAUUCUCGCAGUAGGUUUGCUAGUGAACUGAUUAAGCAGAUGAAUAAUAUUGAGCAACAAGUAAGUGGGGUUGCUUCUGGGACCAGUAAACAGACAGGGUCAUCUCUUUCUGGUUCUGAAGGAUUUACAAAUAAAGCUAGUACUAGAAAGAGCUUGAAAGGAAGUAGCCCUGGAUUAUCCCGACGAGCAGCAGCAGUAGCAAUUGAUUCGACCCCAUCUUCACCUGCAGCUCUGCGAGCAUCAGUGUCAUUGCGCUUGCAGCUCCUUGUGAGACUGCUUCCUACUAUCUGUACGGAUGGGGAUUCGUCAGGUCGCAGUUCAAGAUCCAUGCUUGCAUCCGUCACACUUCGACUUCUUGGAAGUAGGGUUGUCUAUGAAGAUAUAGACCCGUCUCACAACCCUAGGCGAGGGUCGCCAUUAAAGGAGUCAGAGUUGCAAAUGGAAACUUGUGCUGAUGUUUCUUUGGAUUUAUCGGGGAAGAACUUAUUUGAUUGGUUAUUGCUGGUAUUACAUGCGUUGCUAAGCAAUUCGCUAUCUAGUUGGCUCAGAUUAAAAUCUUCCUCCAAGAAUACAGUUUUGUCCACCAAAGACUUUGCUGGAUUUGACCGUGAGAUUUUAGAGAACUUACAGAGUGAUUUGGACCGAAUGCAGUUGCCAGAUGCAAUUCGAUGGCGCAUUCAGGCGGCCAUGCCAAUUCUUGUACCUAAACCACGAACCUUUAUUUCUUGUCAACCACCGCCUCUUUCAUCUGCUGUUCUUGCUUCACUUCAACCAAGUGUCCUUCCAUCUAACCAAGCAGGCUCAUUGCCAAAGAAUCAAGUGUCAUCUGUGCGCACAUCUACGUCUGCUGCCAUGCUGGGGAAAUCGAAAUCAGUGGCCUUGCAGCCCGAUAACGAAUUGGAAGUUGAUCCAUGGAUGCUUUUAGAAGAUGGGGCAGGUUCAGGCCCAUCUUCAAGUAACACUGCAGUUAUGGGUGGUGGUGAUCAUGCUAUCCUUAAAGCAUCCAGUUGGUUGAAAGGGGCUGUCAGAGUGAGACGGACUGAUCUCACAUACAUUGGUCCUGUGGAUGACGAUAGCUGAUCUAUCUUAUUUAACCGUGUAAUUUAUUUGGUCUCAGAAUGAUCAGACCUUUCAGAGAAGUAAAUGUAAAUCUAUAUGAUUUAUACGGGUGUGUUGAGAAGGUAAUUGUCUUUCUUGUUGCUGCCCUCUGCCCUUUAUUUCAGGGGUCAGAUGGGGCUGAGGAUUUAGGCAAGCUACUCUUCUAGAUUCUAUCGUGCCCAAUAUGGCUGCUCAUGUGAAGUCUGCUUCAUCAACUAACAUAUGUUCACCGCCGCCACGAGCACGGGUCGGAGGCUUGUAUAUAAUUAGAUAUAAUGACGACCUUGAUCGCUUGAGCUCGGUAAAAUAUCUUCCCUGUAGUUUUUUUUUUUUUUUUUUAAAAAAAUAUCUUGUCCCAUUUUUCUCCUCUGGUGUCCUGAGUAUACGCUCGCCAGAUAUUCUGGCUGGUAGCUAUUGAUAUUGUAAAAUGUAGGUGGGGAUAGGUAUUUUGUUUAGACUUUGGAACUCAGCAUUGAAGAAAUGCCAUUGUAGAUUUGUAGAUGAUGAGCCUGAAUAUGGCUAUUUGCCAUUUGUCUAACUUGUUAGAUAUUGAAACAGUGGUAGCGCAUUCACGAGUAACUAGAGAGACUACAGCCUCUCAUUCAGUCA